AUGCAGGGAGCCUGGCUGCUGCUGCUGCUGCUGCGCCUCAGGUUGCAGCUGUCACUGAGUGUCAUCCCAGUGGAGGAGGAGAACCCAGCCUUCUGGAACCAAAAGGCAGCCGAAGCUCUGAGUACUGCCAAGAAGCUGCAGCCCAUCCAGACGUCAGCCAAGAACCUCAUGAUCUUCCUGGGGGACGGGAUGGGGGUGCCCACAGUGACAGCCACCAGGAUCCUAAAGGGACAGUUGGAAGGCCAUCUAGGACCCGAGACACCCCUAGCCAUGGACCGCUUCCCCUACAUGGCUCUGUCCAAGACCUACAGUGUGGACAGGCAGGUCCCAGACAGUGCCAGCACAGCCACAGCCUACCUGUGUGGGGUCAAGACCAACUAUAAGACCAUCGGCGUGAGCGCGGCCACACGGUUUGACGAGUGCAACACCACAUUCGGCAAUGAGGUCAUCUCGGCGGCGAUGUACCGUGCAAAGAAAGCAGGAAAGGCCGUAGGACUGGUGACCACCACAAGGGUGCAGCACGCCUCUCCAGCCGGCACCUAGGUGAACCGGAACUGGUACGGGGAUGCUGAUAUGCCUGCCUCUGCCCUGCAGGAGGGCUGCAAGGACAUUGCUACACAGCUUGUCUCCAACAUGGACAUCAAUGUGAUCCUCGGUGGGGGCCGAAAAUACAUGUUUCCUGAAGGAACCCCAGACCCUGAGUAUCCGACUGAUGUUAACCAGACCGGAACCAGACUUGAUGGCCGGAACCUGGUGGAGGAAUGGCUGUCGAAGCACCAGGGCUCCCAGUAUGUUUGGAACCGUGAAGAACUCAUUCAGAAGUCCCUUGAUCCAUCAGUGACAUACCUCAUGGGCCUCUUUGAGCCUGUAGACACAAAAUUCGACAUUCAGCGGGACCCUUUGAUGGAUCCAUCUCUGAAGGACAUGACAGAGGCAGCCCUGAGAGUGCUGAGCAGGAACCCCAACGGCUUCUACCUCUUUGUGGAGGGUGGCAGAAUCGACCGUGGUCACCAUCUGGGCACGGCGUAUCCGGCGCUGACUGAGGCUGUCAUGUUCGACACAGCCAUUGAGAAGGCCAGCCAACUCACCAGUGAGAAAGACACGUUGACCAUAGUUACCGCUGACCACUCCCACGUCUUCUCCUUUGGGGGCUACACACUUCGGGGGACUUCCAUCUUCGGGCUGGCCCCGCUCAAAGCUCUGGACGGCAAGUCCUACACCUCCAUCCUGUAUGGCAAUGGCCCGGGUUACGUUGGUACAGGGGAAAGACCCAACGUCACCGCUGCUGAAAGCAGUGACCCCUCAUACCAACAGCAGGCGGCUGUGCCGGUGAAGUCGGAGACCCACGGCGGGGAGGAUGUGGCGAUAUUCGCGCGUGGCCCGCAGGCACACCUGCUGCACGGAGUGCAGGAGCAGAAUUACAUCGCGCACGUCCUGGCCUUUGCAGGCUGCCUGGAGCCCUACACCGACUGCGGUCUGGCGCCCCCUGAGGACGAGAGCAGUGAAACCGCCCCUAGCCAGACCACCACGACAACCCGCCAGACCACCACCACCAUCCCUGUCAGGGACAGCGCUGGUAGCCUAGGCCCAGCCACCACCCCGCUGGCCCUGUCGCUGCUGGCCUGAACGGUGCUGAUGCUACUGGGGGUUGUUGCGUAG